AUGGCCAUUCAAAACAAAUGGUUCUAUCCAAGCGACAUAGCCCAUGAUUUGGAUGACGUCGAUCUACCAACAGAGGUGAAGGUCGAAAUUCUGGCAUGUGCUUGGGAAUACACCCGAUGUGUGAUCCCACAAUACAGUAAUUGGAAGCGCUAUGUCGCUUUCAUGCGCCUUAUCACUAUCGGCGUCAUCAGCGAGUUCCGAGGGGACCUGGUGGACGUGGUUACCGGUCCCCGAGUCCUUGGCUAUAAUCUCGAUACUCUCCUACACGACCUCUUCCAUGAUACACCAGGACAUCAGGCCAUGGUUCUUGAGUUUAAGUCUUUCCUUCUAGUCACAUCCGAGAAGACAAGCCACAGGAGGUCUAACAGUGAGAUGUUCCGUCGGUACGUGGACGCCCUCGUCAGCUCACCACAACAAUGGUUUCGGAUGCGGGAUUGUGACGCCUUAGCCCGCUUCACGAUUGCUGCAGGUCUCGCCUGUAAUGACCUCCUGGACACAUGGUAUACAGACACGCAGUAUAACAUUCUAUGCGAGAUAGGAGCUACCAUGUAUGACGCGGUAGCCUUUUUCAAGCAUCAGUCAGAAGGCGAGACAAACAGCACCUUUGCCUACAUGCCGGAGGAUGAGCGCAUCAGUGCAUUUCACGCAGUGCGUCAAGUCCUAUGGGCAUUGGAUGUAGCAAUGGCAGACAUUCCCGGGCAUACAAUUGUCACCAACUUCCUCCGCAACGUUGGUGGGCCAAUUCUCAUGACGAUGCGGCGAUAUCGGUUUGUCGAAGAGGGGCUCACCAUUGGUAAGACGGAGUCUGAGGAUAUCAUCAACGAAACUCGGCAGAACUUCAAGCUUUGGAAUCGCUUGGAUGCAGGCUCAGCCACGUCCCUCGAUAUCAAGCAUUAUAAUAUGCUUCUUUCCCGGCGUGAUGAUCUCAUGUUCCCGGGUUUGGCGGAAUGGCUGGAAGCCGACAACCAGAAGUGUACCCAGUGUGUAUACCGCAAGGCAUAUGGUGCACAGAGGGCCCAUUGCUUCGGUGGCGUGGAACUCUGCAGUCAGUGUCGUGAUGAGUGGGGCCAUUACCUCAAGACGCUGCCUGAACGCACGAAGCAAGCAUUUCCGGAUCUUGCCCUGGAAAUAUGA